AUGUAGUGUGUCAGGGCGGUGCAGCAACAGCAGCUCCGCUUAAAAACAGUCAACAAGUCCCGAAGAGGCGGAUGUCGCUUGUGCAGCAGUCAGGCGUUUGUGCCGCUGCUGCCGUGCGGUUAUUUGAGGAAGCGGCUGCGGUAGUGUUUUCCUUUUCUUUCUUUGUUUGUUUCUUUUUUUGUUGUUGUUGCUCUUUAACAUUUGAAAGUGGUAUGAUAGUUACGAGCUUUUUUAUGGCGAAUGGCACAAAAAGAGGACUUUGUUUUUCCCAAGACAAACUUCUCAUUACCCGAAACUUGAGUUUGGUUGCAGCAGCCUGCCUACCUGCUUCUGAUCUCAGGCUUGAAAUCAUGACAGCACAUAUGAAUCGGUUAUGCGGAUAUUUGCGUUGAAGGACCUAAAGCUUUACUGCGCACACGGGCUCGCUCGGUGUUUUUCUUGUGGAUAAGAUUUGGUUGAUCCUUUGGGCUCAGUCAUUGAUCAUGGUUGUUGUCGGAGGGACUGCUGAUCUGGCCCCUACAACCACUGUCAAGUUUUUUGCAGCUGGAACAGCUGGCUGUGUGGCCGACCUGGUCACUUUCCCGCUGGACACAGCCAAAGUCAGACUGCAGAUUCAAGGUGAAUCCAGGCUCACGCUGGAAGGCAAGGCGAUAUACAGAGGUGUGUUCGGCACCAUCUUCACCAUGGUGAAAACUGAGGGCCCUCGGAGUCUGUACAGUGGACUGGUGGCAGGGCUGCACAGACAGAUGAGCUUCUCCUCAGUCCGCAUCGGCCUUUACGACACCAUAAAGCAGGUCUACAGCAGGGGAUCAGAAACCGCAGGAAUCGGGGCCCGGCUGCUGGCAGGCUGCACCACAGGAGCGAUGGCCGUGGCCUUCGCUCAGCCCACUGAUGUGGUUAAAGUCCGGUUCCAGGCUCAGGUCCGCCGGCCUGAGAGCGGCUCUGUGAGGAGAUACAACGGCACCUUUGAUGCCUACAAGACCAUUGCCAGGGACGAGGGUGUUAAAGGGCUGUGGAAAGGUUGUCUGCCAAAUAUAGCUCGUAAUGCCAUCGUAAACUGCUCCGAGCUGGUGACCUACGACAUCAUCAAAGAGCUCAUCCUGAAAUACAACCUGAUGACAGACAAUAUGCCGUGUCACUUCACAGCAGCCUUCGCGGCAGGUUUCUGCACCACCAUCGUAGCAUCUCCGGUGGAUGUGAUAAAAACGCGCUUCAUGAACUCGGUGCCCGGACAGUACAGCGGUGCUAUUAACUGUGCCUUAACCAUGCUGAUUAAAGAGGGGCCCACAGCUUUCUAUAAGGGAUUUGUGCCCUCUUUUCUUCGUCUGGGUUCCUGGAACAUUGUGAUGUUUGUGAGCUACGAGCAGAUUAAGAGAGCUGUGAUGAGAUAUCAGCGGUCCUGGGAGUCUCCUCUCUGAACCUCUCUGACUGCUGGUUUGGCUGGAGUGGUACAACUGUUGUGGCAACUCCAGGACUGCCAGCAUUAAAGCUAACGGUUUGGUUGUGACUGCUGCUGGUCUGGGCCUGUUCUGCCUCAGGGAUAAAUCUACAUCUUAUUUAAGAGGCCAGACUCCAAAGAGAAACUGCAGGGAAGACGAAUGUCGACGUCUUGCUAACUUGCACACGAUAUUUUAUAGAUGUUCUUAAUAGUAAUAGAAAUAAUCUUUUAAGCCCUGGAUCAUUUGCCCUAGACUAAUUUUAGAAUUGGGCCGAACUCACUGGUGAACAGACAGACAACACUGUCUGUAUCUUCCAGAAUCUGCAGCUCUGUAUUUUUCUUCUUGUGCUCAGAGUACAGUGUACAAUGUGAGCAGAAAAGUCGCAGGAAGGCUGAUUAAAACGUGUAGUGUGAGUUAACACAUCUUACAUGAUCAAAGUGUCUGCUCAGCUUUACUGGGACAUUUGAAUAGAAACAGAGCCAUUGCUAAUGUUACUGGUGACACCUGUGCAUAUUUGUACUGUGAAAUCUGUGUGGCUGGCGAUGCUUUCUUUAAGCACAGUAAAUCACUGGUUUUCUA